UUCAGUGGUUUCCGAUUUUUUUUUGUGUAAAUACCAGUUUGUCACUUUCAAAAUAUAGUUUGAAUUGGGGAGGUUUUUUGUUUCAGAUAAAUUUUAAUUAUAAAGUUGAAAUUUAUUGUAAUAAUGAUUCGAAGGAAGCAUUCAGGAGAUUUUUUUUCUAUUUUGGAUCAAGAGGAAUAUGUUUGGGCAAUGAGAACUUCUGCUUAUGAAGAGCAAACAUUAGAAGAAACGAGUCUUGAUGAUACUAUGACUGAAGGUGGUUCACUUUUGCAAGAAAGGUGCGAUCAGGAUCUAGUGCUCGUGUAUAAAACAACUAUUUUGUCCUCCUUUGUACCCGAUGAAAUUAUUUUGAAUGUGAACGAUUAUACUUCGAAAACAUUCGAUGCAUGCAUUUUAUGUGGAGAUGUAUCAGGGUUUACAGAACUGUGCGAAAAAUACAAUCAGAUUGGUAGCGGUGGACCUACUAGAUUAACUGAUAUGUUGACUAAUUUCAUAGGAGCUAUGGUACAAGAAAUAAUGUCGCAUGGAGGAGAUGUUAUUAAAUUUUCAGGAGAUGCUUUCCUAGCGUUAUGGAAAUGUGAAGAAUUCUCAAGACGCGAUUAUAUUCAAGAAGCUAUUAACUGUGCCUUAGUAAUUCAGAAAGGCCAUAAUAACUUUAUGACAGAUGUGGGAGUUACUCUUAGAGUUAAGUUGGCAAUAUCAUCAGGUGCAGUAUUGUUUUCUUUGAUCGGGGAUUCCCUGUUAUCGCAUUACAUAGAAGUAGGUCAACCCAUUUUGGAUACUAAAGAUAUCUUGGAGAUAUGUCACGCUGGGGAUAUAAUAGUAUCCGAAAAAACAUAUGCCUUUGUUGAUGCGUCUUCUUACCUAGCAGAGAAAGUUCUCGAAGGAAAGUUUUUCCGGAUUCUUGGAGUAGGAGAAAGUUGGAGACAAGUUCAAAAAUAUAUGAAUAAAAGAGUUCUGGUGCACGCUAAUGUUCCUGAAGAUAAUGACUCAGGAAGCUCGUCAUCUAGCAAAGGUUCAAAUAUUAUUAAAGAGCAGUCAGCUGAAUUCUCUCUGAGGCCUGUUGUUAACGAAGCCGUUAAUAAUGCAGAGAAACUCUAUGACAAUUUGAAAAAAUUUAUCAUCCCUCCUGUAAUGCAAAGGAUUGAAUUAAAUGAACCUUUAGAAUAUUUGACAGAAUUGAGACAAGUGACUGUACUCAUGAUCAAUAUUGUGCCCCAUUCUAUGACGUUUGACUCUCUUAUAAGCCUUGUCAAGAGAAUCUACAGAAUCAUCACAAUUCAUAUUCAAAAAUUCAGUGGAUGCAUCAAUAAAGUAUCAUACUUUGAUAAAGAUCUUAUGUGUGUUAUUAUCUUCGGACUAAGAGGACUGAAAAAAGAUUUAGAGUGCCGUAAUGCUUUAAGGUGCGCAGGAUUGAUUUAUGAAGAUCUCUAUGUCUUAUCAAAAGUUAAAAAUGUCUCAAUUGGUAUUUCUACAGGGAAGACAUAUUGCGGAGUCUUUGGACAUACCUUAAGAAGGGAGUACACAGUUAUAGGCCUGACUGUUAAUAAAGCUGCUAGGCUCAUGGUGGCUUAUCCUGAUAAAGUGACAUGUUGUAAUGAAACUUUCAUAAAUUGCAAAAUGAGAGAAUCUUACUUCGAACAACAGAAAUUUAUACAUCUCAAGGGCAUAAAAAAUCCAGGACCUGUAUAUGAAUUUAAAUAUGCAAUUUUUGAUGCAAGUAAAAUAUUGACUGUUCCAACAUAUCCAAUAUUAGGUAGAAGCGAAGAAUUACACCUUUAUAAAAGACUAUUGAAAAUUUUCUUAGAAUCGUGCAACUCUGAUGGGAAAUCUGAAAGAUUAAUCAAAAUGAUUUUAAUAGAAGGUGAAGCAAAAUUAGGGAAAACCCGAUUAGUGGAAGAAUUUAUGUAUAUCACUCCCCCUGAUCUCUCUUUUCAAGUAAUUUCAGCAGAAAAUGCAACACAUAAUCCUUACAAUGUUCUUAAGCAAAUGUUUUUUGUGCCUAUGGGAAUUGCUCCAAAAGCUCCUAAACAUUUGAAACUGGAAACAUUCAAAUCGUACUUGGCUGAUUUUGAGCAGAAAAAUUACCUUUGCUCAUUGAAUGAAGUGUUUGAGAUAAAUUUUCCAAUGUCUGAAUACUACCUUAAUUCGACUGAAGAAGACAAAGUGAUAUAUGUUGGUGUGGUACUGCAGUAUCUAGCAUUUAUAGUAUUCAAAUGGCCUCAAAUUUUUGUUAUUGAGAAAAUGAUGAUAAUGGAUGAUGUGACAUGGCAAGUACUUCAGCAAAUUUUGAAGGUCAGGAAUAUAUUCAUGGUUGGAUCAAUGCGACCUCAUAAGAAGAGUAAAUCUGAAACACGAAGAUGGGUUUUCAAAUCCAAGAGAGUGACAUAUUUGAGAUUGCAACCGUUAGACAAAAUGUAUCAAGCUGCACUUGCUUGCCAGAUGAUCGAAGUUGAGGCAAUUCCACCAGAAUUAGAAAAUGCGAUACAGUCAAAGAGCAAUGGAAACCCUGGUUGGAUAAAGAAUUUUUUAAUAUGCUUACAACAGGCAGAGGCUAUUAUUACAAAACCUAUGACCUAUAGGCAAGUAUAUGAUAAUGGCCUAGUUGUCCCGCCUUUGUACAUGAUGAUGAGACUGACCGAUAAUCAGUUAAUGGUUUGGAAGAGAAUUAUGGAGGAACAAACUGAGGAAAAUAAUCUUGGUGAUCCUUGGUUUAAAUUUGUCGAUAGUUGCAGGGACGAGUUUACUGACAUCAGAAUAAGAGAGGAAAUUAAGAAACUGUUCGAUUGCCACCAGGAAGUGAAGGCGUGUAUUACAACUCAAGGUUUUCUAAAUUUUGACAAACACCAAGAACAGACUGAAGAGGUGUACGUUAUCAAAACAUUCGAUUCUCUAUUAUACUCUGAACAACUUGUGGUUAAGUGUGGAUCUGUACUCGGUUGGCAAUUUCCUCGCACUAUGUUAGAAUAUGUGGUUGGACCCUCAUUUAGCAAGAGAGGAAAAGCUGAAGCUGUACAAAGACUAUUCGAACACAGGAUUUUUGCAUGCUCUAGGGGGGAUUUCACAGAAGCGGGUGACAAUAUGCUUAUAAGAUCUAGAGAACAAAUAGAGUAUGAAAAUAGAGUUGAAUGCUACUGUCAAGGAUUGGAUAUCCCAGACUGCUGUAUUGAUUUGCCCAAAUAUGCCUCUUGUGGUUAUUUGCAUUUCAUAUCGAACAAUUUCCUCGAAGCUACAUACAAUUUAUUGCCUGAAGUACAAAAAAAUGAAUUUCACCUGAGAGCAGCGAGAUAUUUGGAGAAGAAUACAAGAAAGUGCAGAUCAUGCGGUAAUGGUUUCUUCGAGCAAUUUACUGGAAAAAUUGAAAAAGCAUUGAGAUUUAGAAAAUCCAGAAAAUCAUCUAUGUCGAAGUCAUCCUUUGAAGAUGAUCACAAUUCAUCAUACUCUUAUCAUUCUGACAUAGGAUCACAUGCACAGUUAUCCGAAGUAUUGUCUGAAAUCAGUUCUACUAACGAAUAUAUCUCUGCCUUGGGCAUUAUUAACCCUAAACGUCUAUAUGAGAUGAAGGAACAAGCCUCACUUACUAGAACUUUUUCAAUGUAUGACUUUUCCAGCUGUCAGUGUAAACUAAUAUUGAAUUUCAUGUAUGGUGAAGUUUCAAAACAUUAUAGAUUUGCAGGGCAGUACGAUCAAAUGGUGAAAGCAUUAUUUGCCUAUUCAAAAAGUUGCUUGAACCUGGAGAACACCCCUGAGGUCUUUAAUGUAUUGAAUAUAGCCGAAGAACAUCUUAGAACUCGAGGUAUUGGUGAUGAUGAACCCCCUUGGAAGCUACGUUUGUUGGAGGGAAAAGUUUUCGCGUUACGUGGGAAGGCCCUACAUCAAACUAGUCAAAUUGAAGCGGCAGAACAAUAUUUUUUGAAAGCAUUAGCGAAAUACGGUGCUCCGUUUCCUAAGUCAAAUCUAGCAAGGUACAUAAAAACUUAUACUAUGAAACUGAAACAGAAGUUUUCGUUGUACAUAUGGCCAGAUACUUUGCAACAACAAAUGAAACUUUAUGAAUCAGAAUAUUUCAACGAUGUGGCUGAAUGUCUGCAUUGGAUGACACAAUUGUUCUUGGAGCAGGAAGAAACGAAAAAAGUUGAACUUUCCGCUGUUUGGGGUCUUCAUUGUGCGCUCAAAGCCAAUUACGAAUUUGCAAUGAUUUGCCAGAGCUUCACCGAUAUGGUAACGGUGGCACAGAGAAAUUGUAAUUCUUUCUACUGUCUAGCGCUAGAAAUUCAUUCUUUGCGUUAUUGCCACAAGAAAGUUUCUGACAUUGAAGCCGACGAUUUGAAAUAUGUGGCUGAAUUGUACCAAGCUAUCAGAAGUUUAAGAUGUUCUCGUUCUGAGCUGGAGAAAGCCAUCUACAUUGGUUACAUAGCUCUGAGACUUGCGAUAUCUGUGAAUCAUUCGAAAUUGAUUCUGAAGGUGAUUCCUCGUCUAGUAUUGUCGUUGAUGUUGAAAUCGUAUCUACAAGAAGCAUGUGCAUUGCUCACCGAACUAGACUUUUAUUCAAGCGAAUCAGAUUGCAAUAGCAUCCAGUCUGGUAGGUUAUCAUUUCAUGUGGUUUGUUUGAGAUUUCAAAUGGAGACAGGCUAUACUUUUAUACCGUAUAAGGAUAGUGAGAAGUUCUGCUAUGCCGUCAAUUUGCAACUUGCAUCCUUAAGGGAUCCCAUUGCAAGAAUCGAAUUCGUCAGUUUAAUGUGGUUGUGGAAUUGCAGAAACCAACGCUGGGAGUAUACAUCAAAGUGGAAGGAUCAUAUAGAAGGAUAUGUGGAUAUACUAUUCAAAACGAAUUAUGGUGCACCGUAUUCUGUUAUGUAUAUUUUAGAGGGCUACCUCUUGAGCCUAGUUCAAUCCAAGAAUAAUCAAAAUAUGACAGCACACAAGUCACUCGAUAAAAUGAUUUGCAAAUUAUUCAAAUUUCUAGAGCAUUCAUCCAAGUUUUCGAGAGUUAUUGUCCCAAGGCUGAAACAUUUCCAAGCCUAUUAUGAGUACAUUAAAGGCAGGGAAGAGAAAGCACAGAAAAUGUUGGAUAAAUCUCUGAUAUAUGCAGCAAGAUAUGAGAAUGCAUUAGAGUUGGUUCACAUCAACCAUUCCAAAUUGGCAUGGAGUGAUCAGUUGAGUAAAUCGGCUAGAGAGAAAUGGCUUAGCCAUUGUGACGAUGAUAACCUUUUAGAUCACCAAAAAUUAGAAGGAGACAAUGAUAAAAUAUUUAGUUUCACUUUACCUAAACCCAUUUAUUAUUAAAACACUUUUCCUAAUGAA